CUAAUUGUGAUAUUUUAUACCACCACCAAAAAUCGAGACGAAAUCAAACUCGAACUCUACCAUUGAUCCGACUGGCCACCCCUUUAAUUAGUGAACCAUGUAUUAAGUGAAUCUGUUGUCAAAAAAACUGCCCAGCAAGCGGAAUUACACGAGUAGAGUCACGUAAUCAAAUUCUAUUUCUAGCACCAGUUACCAGUCUUUUUCAAUACAAUCUGCUACUUCUUGUUGUUGUUGUUGCUGUUGUUGUUGUAAUGCUUAACUGUGAUGCGUGCGGUUGUAACAGCGUCAGCAGUGAAUUGGGCAAAAGUAAUUGAGCCCCAAAAGCUAGAAACUCGGAUGCUUUUACAUGGAGAAAUUAUGGCCAGGAGAAAGCUGUUGUUGCUCCUAAAACCCUUUGAUGUUCACCCACUUCGCCAUUCUGAUUCUUUUUCUGGAAUUUCCAACUCUAAUAUCAAGAUACUACGCCAUUUAGACAAUAGAAUACAGGUUCACAAAGAUGCUAUAAGCUUUUGUCAGGAAGUCCUGCAACGGAAGUCGGUUGAGUGGGAAACUAUGGUUCAUAAUGAUUUAUCUCGUCCGAUCCGAGAUGUAGAUCUGGUCGUAACUGUUGGAGGUGAUGGCACUCUCUUGAAAGCUAGUCACUUUAUGGAUGACAGCAUUCCACUUGUAGGAGUAAAUUCGGAUCCCACACAGGUUGACGAGGUGGAACAGUUUAGAGAUGAGUUUGAUGCUACUAGAAGUGCAGGCUAUCUUUGUGCAGCUUCUGUUCAAAACUUUGAACAGGUAUUGGAUGAAAUUCUCAAUAAACGUGCUAGACCAUCUCAAAUAUCAAGAAUAUCCAUACGUGUUAACUCGCACUUAUUGCAUUCACAUGCUCUAAAUGAUCUUUUGAUUGCGCAUUCGUGUCCUGCAACAUUGUCUCGGUUUUCAUUCAGGCUCAAAGGCAAUGGUGAGUCAUGUGGCUCAUUAGUAAAUUGUCGAUCAAGUGGUUUAAGAGUUUCAACAGCGGCUGGAUCAACUGCUGCUAUGCUCUCUGCUGGUGGUUUUGUGAUGCCGAUAUUAUCAAAAGACCUCCAAUACAUGGUGAGAGAACCCAUACUACCAAGGGGUGCAAGCUCUGGUGUAAUGCAUGGAUGUGUAAAAUCUGAUCAGACCAUGGAAAUUGCGUGGUCCACAGAAGAUAGUUUUGCAUACAUUGAUGGUAGCCAUGCUGCUCACCCUAUUAGAACAGGGGAUAUCAUCGAGUUAUCAUCAAAGGCUCCUGUUCUGAACAUUUUCUUGCCACCCCACUUUUUAUCUGCUAAUGAGCCUGCUGCAAAAUUGUGAAAUUUUCGGCUUAUUUCAUGUUUGGAGAUUAAAGAAACCGAAGGAUUUUUUUUAUUUCCUUUUUCUGAGGUGAACUUUGUGCUGUUGUACAUAACAAAUAGUUUACUUUCACAGUAAGAUGAAACCUAGGAGAAUUUAACUCUUUGCUUGACAGGUUUGAGUUAUUGGGGUUUUUUUUGAACUCUUUGCUUGGAGGAUGAAAUCUAGGAGAAUUUAAGAUCAUCUCAUGUGAGAAUAAACCUUAUGGGAUUGUGGGAUUAGGGGUAAAGUUUCUAAUCCCCUUCUUUUUUAUUUAUGGGGGAAAAAAAGUUAUUGGUACCUUGUAAUAAAUUAGUGUGAGACUAGAAAUGUAUCAAAUAACGCAUGUCUAUUAUUGUUUGUA